AUGUGUGUGUGGCCUGGGUCAGCAGUCGGUGCUGACCAUUGCUCGGGCUCCCAGGCAAGCAGACAGAUAUUACACCUUGAUUUUUUCACCAUGUCAUCUUUGUACAUUAAGGAGAUUGCCGGUGUGGACGAAUUGACCACGGCCGGUUCUCAAGACCAACCUUUCAAGACCCCAGCAUAUGCUCUAUUUGCAUCCCAGCAGAAAAGUGAUGCCACCGAACCCAAGUUGUUUGUGUUCAAGGCUGAAGACAACGAGUUUCAGGAGAUCAGUGCCUCUGCUUUGAAGAAGGCUCGUAAGGGCUGUGAAGGUUUAAAGAAAAAAGCUGUUAAGCAGAAGGAACAAGAGUUGAAGAAACAGCAGAAGGAUGCCGAAAACGCUGCCAAGCAACUUUCUGCCUUGAAGAUCACCAUAAAGGAGGACGAGUCCCUACCAGCUGCCACCAAGGCCAAGAUCUACGAUUCUUACGCCAAGGUUGGGCAAAGAGUCAAGAUCUCCGGUUGGGUCCACAGAUUGCGUUCCAACAAAAAGGUCAUCUUCGUUGUCCUAAGAGACGGUUCCGGGUUCAUCCAGUGUGUUUUAUCCGGUGAUUUGGCCUUGGCUCAACAAACCCUAGAUUUGACUUUGGAAUCCACCGUUACUCUGUACGGUACCGUGGCCAAGUUGCCUGAAGGUAAGACCGCUCCAGGUGGUGUCGAGUUGGACGUCGACUACUACGAAAUCGUAGGCUUGGCCCCCGGUGGCGAGGACUCUUUCACCAACAAGAUCGCAGAGGGCGCCGACCCAUCUUUGCUGUUGGAUCAACGUCAUUUAGCCCUAAGAGGGGACGCUUUAUCUGCAGUCAUGAAAGUUCGUGCUGCUCUAUUGAAAAGUGUCAGACGUGUUUACGAUGAAGAAAGCUUAACCGAAGUAACUCCACCAUGCAUGGUGCAAACCCAAGUCGAAGGUGGUUCCACUUUGUUCAAGAUGGACUAUUACGGCGAACAAGCGUACUUGACCCAAAGUUCACAAUUAUACUUGGAAACCUGUUUGCCCGCUCUAGGUGAUGUCUACAGUAUCCAGGAAUCCUUCAGAGCUGAAAAGUCCCACACAAGAAGACAUUUGUCCGAAUACACUCACAUCGAAGCCGAACUAGCUUUCUUGACUUUCGAAGACCUACUACACCACAUCGAAACUGUGAUUGUCAAAACCGUCCAAUACGUUUUGGAAGACCCCAUCGCCGGUCCACUGGUGAAGCAGUUGAACCCUGGCUUCCAAGCCCCAAAGGCCCCUUUCAUGAGACUACAAUACAAGGACGCCAUCACUUGGUUGCAAGAGCACGGCAUCAAGAACGAAGAAGACCAAGACUUCCAGUUUGGUGACGACAUUGCCGAGGCUGCCGAAAGAAAGAUGACCGACACCAUCGGUGUCCCAAUCUUGCUGACAAGAUUCCCAGUAGAAAUCAAGUCUUUCUACAUGAAGCGUUGCUCUGAUGACCCACGUGUCACCGAGUCCGUUGACGUCCUAAUGCCCACCGUUGGUGAAAUUACCGGUGGUUCCAUGAGAAUCGAUGACACUGAAGAAUUAAUGGCCGGCUUCAACCGUGAAGGCAUCGAUACCGACGCCUACUACUGGUUCAUCGACCAAAGAAAAUACGGUACUUGUCCACACGGUGGCUAUGGUCUCGGUACCGAGCGUAUCUUGGCCUGGUUAUGUGACAGAUUCACCGUCAGAGACUGCUCCUUGUAUCCACGUUUCAGCGGUAGAUGUAAACCAUAA